AUUCACAUAAAGAAAAUAAUGAUUGUCAAAAUUCACUUGAAGAAAAUGAUGAUCGUCAAGAUUCACUUGAAGAAAAUAAUAAUCCUGAUGAUUAUUUUUCUAAUGAAGAACUCUCUAAACCAAAAUGUUCAAAAUUUACAAAUAAAAUUAAGCUCAAUAAUACAAAGUCUGAAGUCAUUGUAAUUAGUGAUUCUGAAUCAGAUAUUACUAUCUGUGAAAAAGAAAAACAGCAAAUGUAUGAAUAUUCUAUUAAAUCACAAGAAAAUAAACUCGACCUUCUUUUGAAAAGCAUGAAAAAAUUUGACAA